AUGCGGAUGUCCGAUCACUUGGAUGUCAUCACUGAUAAUGUGGAUGUCGUCACUGUUCAUGUCGAUGUCAUUGCUGAUCGUGUGGAUUUCGUUGAUCGUGUGAUCUUUGAUCAUGUGCAUACAAUCGCUUAUCAUGUGGAUGUCAUCACUGAUCAUGUGGAUGCCAUCGCUUAUCAUGUGGAUGUCAUCACUGAUCAUGUGCAUACAAUCGCUUAUCAUGUGGAUGUCAUCACUGAUCAUGUGGAUGCCAUCGCUUAUCAUGUGGAUGUCAUCACUGAUCAUGUGGAUGCCAUCGCUUAUCAUGUGGGUGUCAUCACUGAUCAUGUGGAUGCCAUCACUUAUCAUGUGGGUGCCAUCACUGAUCAUGUUGGUGCCAUCGCUUAUCAUGUGGAUGUCAUCACUGAUCAUGUGGAUGUCGUCGCUGAUCAUGUAGAUGUCAUCACUGAUCAUGUGGAUGCCGUCGCUUAUCAUGUGGAUUUCAUCACUGAUCAUGUAGAUGUCAUCACUGAUCAUGUAGAUGCAAUCGCUUAUCAUGUGGAUGUCAUUGCGGAUCGUGUGGAUUUCGUUGAUCGUGUGAUCUUGUUAAUUAUCUUGAAUCAUGUGCUGUUUAUGUGGAUAUCAUCACUGAUCAUGUGGAUGCCAUCGCUUAUCAUGUGGAUGUCAUCACUGAUCAUGUGCAUACAAUCGCUUAUCAUGUGGAUGUCAUCACUGAUCAUGUGGAUGCCAUCGCUUAUCAUGUGGGUGUCAUCACUGAUCAUGUGGAUGCCGUCGCUUAUCAUGUGGGUGUCAUCACUGAUCAUGUGGAUGCCAUCACUUAUCAUGUGGGUGCCAUCACUGAUCAUGUUGGAUGUCAUUGUUGAUCAUGUGGAUGUCAUCGCUGAUCAUGAGGAUGUCAUUGUUGAUCAUGUGGAUGUCAACGCUGAUCAUGAGGAUGUCAUUGUUGAUCAUGUGGAUGUCAUCGCUGAUCAUGAGGAUGUCAUUGCUGAUCAUGAGGAUGUCAUCGCUGAUCAUGUGGAUGUCAUCGCUGAUCAUGAGGAUGUCAUCGCUGAUCAUGAGGAUGUCAUUGUUGAUCAUGUGGAUGUCAACGCUGAUCAUGAGGAUGUCAUUGUUGAUCAUGUGGAUGUCAUCGCUGAUCGUGUGGAUCUCAUUGUUAAUCACGAGGAUGUCAUCGCUGAUCGUGUGGAUUUCGUUGAUCGUGAUGUCAUUGUUGAUCAUGUGGAUGUCAUCACUGAUCAUGUGAAUGUCAUUGUUGAUCAUGUGGAUGUCAUCGCUGAUCGUGUGGAUGUCAUCGCUGAUUGUGUGGAUGUCAUUGUUGAUCGUGUGGAUGUCAUCACUGAUCAUGUGAAUGUCAUUGUUGAUCAUGAGGAUGUCUACGCUGAUCAUGUGGAUGUGGACUAA